AACGUUAUUGAUCUUGAUGGUCCCAAAGGCAUAAAGAAAAGGGACUGUUCUAAUAAGGCAAAGAAGCGGCCUAAAUCUUGGGUGGAAAAAUUAGCAAGAAAGAGAAAGGCAAAUGGAGUGCAAAAAAAGAAAAAAGAAUCAACAGAUUUGGAACCAUUUGCACCCAGAACUGGACUUGUCCAGCAACAGGCUUCAUACUCACUUUUACCUGAUAUGCACCAACCAUUGGGACUUGUUCCCAUGACUAAUUCACAUAGUGAUUUCAUUUCUGUGGAAGAGCACUUUGGAGUUGGAACUGAAGUCAUUAAUCCUAACCAAGAUCCAAACAGAAGUGUAUAUUAUAACUUUGGGGCUGCAAAUAGUUAUUUUUGAGAAGAACUGCAGAUUAAGAAGAACUCGUUGGUUGAUAUUUUUGGGGUAGGAAGUUGUUGAAUUUGGAGCUUCUAUUUUUUUUGCUAAUUUUGAUGUAAUAGUUGCAGAUAAAGGACUUGGCUUGUUGAUAAUUUGGGGUAGGAAGUAUUUGAAAGUUGCAGAUAAUAGACCUGGCUUGUUGAUAAUUUCGGGUAGAAGUAUUUGAAUUUGGAGCUGCUCAUUUUUUUUUUGACUAAUUUUGAUCUAAUAGCAGUUUGGCCGCUUAUGUUUAAUUGAAGGUUGAAAUUUUUGUUUUGUUCAUUAAUUUACAUUACAGAUAGCAGUUCGAGUCUUU